CCACGCGAGGCCGCCGGACCGGAAAGCAGGGCUCGCGAGCUGAAGAACCGUCGGUUUGGAGCAGCCCACUAUCCAUAGGAUCAGUUGCACCCAUCUUCGAGUCAUCAAAAUGCCGCGUUUCACUCUUUUUUUGACAUGCGUGUCACUCACGACUGCGUACCAGCUCUCGGUUCGUGCGCCAUCGGUGCGCGCGACGGCUGCGAGAGCUCUGCGCGCGACGCCGGAUGACACGACGCCAACAGAACCGGACGACGCACCAGACGCCGUCGCCGAAGCGAAGGACGCAUUAUUACAAGCCAUCGCGGGAACCGACCGAGGAUUUAAAAAAGACAAGAGCAUGGCCGCAUCCGUGCGCAACGCGAUCCACGCGUUGUCGGACGCCGCGCAGGACCUGACGCCCGUGCCGCUCGACGGCGACUGGACGCUGCUCUGGACGGACGCGCCCGAUAUUACCGGCCUCGGGUCCUCGCUCCCGUUCGCGCCGACGCUGGGCCGCAUCGGCCAGGAGAUUUCGGCCGCGGACGGCACCGUGGUGAAUGUAAUAGAGUGGCGGCCCGCUUCGCUCCUCACGACUUUGAGAUCGGAGCUGUCCGAGGACUCGGUGGAACAGCGCGUCGUGACUGGAUUUACGGAGGCCACGCCGGGCGACGUCAAAUUGGUGCUCAAGGGCGCGGGCCUGCGGCCGCGGCGCGUGCUGAACCGCGAUUUAGAGCUGGGCCCUUACGACACGACCGGUUUGUUUUCGCUACCCUUCGGGGAAUUCAAGGUCCUCUACAACGACGGCGCGCUGCGCGUCGUCAAGACUGGCCAGAACUUCUACUCUGUCAACGAGCGGUACUACGGCAAGUAAGUUUGUGAAUGUUAAUG